AUGGAAGGAAACAAAGAUGAAGCAUUAAGAUGUAUAGAAAUAGCAAUUGGAAAGAUGAAGGAUGGGAAUAAGGAAGGAGCCAUCAAGUUUCUCAAUAAGUCGUUGAGCUUGUACCCAACGGAUCGUGCCAAAGAUCUGAUAACGAUUUAUACUUCAAAGACAGAGGAAACGACAAGUUCAUCUUCAACACCUAAAAGCAAUACUCCAUCUCAAUCUCCUUCAUCAUCAUCAUCACCAUCCUCUUCAUCAUCGUCAUCUGCACCUCCACCCGAAACUAAAUUUAAAUAUACAAAAGAACAAGUUGAAGCGAUCCAAAGAAUCAAAAGAUGCAAGACACAUUAUGAAGUAUUGGAUAUUCAAAAAACUGCUGUAGAAACUGAUAUUAAAAAAGCAUAUAGAAAGUUGGCAUUACAAAUGCAUCCUGAUAAAAACCAUGCUCCUGGGGCAGAUGAAGCAUUUAAAAGAUUAAGUCAGGCAUUUUCAACAUUAAGUGAUUCUUCAAAGAGAAGAACUUACGAUUUACAUGGUGAUGAACCAUCGGGAGGGUUUGGAAUGAGACCAGCGGGUGGAUUCCAAAGAGGUGGAGGAGGGGGUGGUAAUGGCUUUUUCGAUGAAGAAGAGAUAUCACCAGAGGAUAUAUUCAACAUGUUCUUUGGCAUUCCAACAAGAGCGGGUGGCGUAAGACAUCGUGGCCCUGGAGGCGUCAGUUAUCAAUAUUAUUCAACUGGGUUUGGAGGAGCACCAAGAACCAUGCAUCGUCGUGGUGGUGGACAGGCAGCCGCUGCUGGAGCAGGCGGUGGCGGACAACAACAAGGAGAAUCAUCCAUCUUUUCACUCUUAAUGUUAAUCAUUCCAUUAUUAUAUAUAUUAUUGUCUUUUUUUGGAGGAGGUGGUGGCACUCCGGCCCUGUAUAGUUUGUCGCGUACAUCAACGUUUCCAGUUGAACGUGCUUUUAAAGUGACACCAAAUGUAAUGGCCGAAUACUAUGUCCGCGACAACCGGUUUGUAGACCACCUUCGUGAAAAGGGUAUCGCGCUCGACAAGCUCGAGGAAGAGGUGCGCGGCCAAUGGAUAUCAAACAUGCAACAGGUAUGCAGGAAGAAAUAUCUAUACGAAUCCUAUCAAAACACAUUUUAUGGCAUGCAAUUUAAAGAAGAGUAUCAUAGAUAUAAAAGAGCUGGACUAUUUGAACAUUGUGAUCAAUUAGUAAAAGAAAAUAUUAUAUCGCGACAAUAA